GAGAAGAUGCACUGCGAAUGUUUUCCUGCUAGUUUUAGCACUAAUUUGAGGCAGCUGCAGAAUCGAUCGCAACGCUAUAGCAUUUCCCCGACGCGUCGAUGGCAGGCUACAGCAACCUACUACUCCCUGCACCCACUGCCGAGAUGGAAUCGCCCCGUCGGAAUAAUGAUGCGUCUUGACAAUGGCCGAAUAGGAAAUUGUUGGUACUGUACUCAUGGAAAGGUUGGCCGAUGUCAUGCUUCUACGAGGAUUUACUGGUAACAAUCUUACAGUAACGGGUGCACAAUUGAGGCCGCAAAGGCAAGGCCGGAAGUGAAGCAUGGAUUACAUUAAAAAGUUUGACCUGGAAUUAGAUAAGGAUGUGAUCUAUGCUGGUGAAAAAUUGACUGGACAAGUAGUAGUGGAGAAUAUAGAAAAUAUUAAAGUACAAGGGAUACGGAUUUUCCUGAGGGGGAAGGCGCACACGGAAUGGAAGAUUACACGCGCUGGAGAGAGGAGAACUGUGAAAGAAGACGAAUAUUAUAUUGACGAUAAGAAAGUUGUUUGGGGAAAAGACAAGAACGAGGAAGGUCCAGUGCCCAUCUUACCAAGGGGAGUUCACCGAUUACCAGUCGUUUUCCAGAUCCCAGAGAGCGCGAUCCCCUGCUCCUUCGAGAGUAAGAUCGGCCGUAUACGCUACUAUUUACGGAUCAUCCUGGAUAUCCCGUAUGCCUCUCCUCCACAGGGUCUCAAGUACUUCACCCUCAUUGGCCCGCACAUCGACUGUAUGGAUGAGCGCUAUUUGACCCCAUGUCACUUCGAGGACAAGAAAAGGGUGUGUUGUUUGUGUUGUGCCAAGGGCCCAGUGACUGUUCAGACGACGUUAGCACGAUCCGCGUACUGCUGCGGUGAAAACAUCAAGCUCAAGGCUGAAGUCCAGAAUGGUAGUGACCAAAGUGUCUGGUUGAUUUUUAGACUGAUGCAGUACGUGGAGUAUUUCAUUAACAAAGGAGUGUUAGGGUUAACAAAGGAGUUGUCCCACAAGGUGUGGGAAUACCAGGGAGAGACCGUCAGUCCGCACACUACUGUUGACUUUGAUGACCUUCAAGAACACCUGCAGGUACCCGUCAUGCCACCGACACUGUUGGAUGUCUGCAGUCUUAUCAACAUAUAUUAUGUUUUGAAGGUGAGCUUGGGAAUGGAAAAAUCUGGAGAAGAUUUGGAGAUAGAUCAUCCUAUAACAGUAGCCACAGUUCCAUUCCGGAUACCCAAUUCCCCCUCACCGGAGCUCCAUUACGAGUGUGCUGCUGACAAUGUGGAGGGAGGUAUUUACAUCAGCCCCGAAUUCCAGUUUGGCCAAGUGUACAUGGGAGAUAACAACGACGACGUGGAUGAGACGGUGCUCUAUCGGCCCGUGUACGUUUGCGUGCCUCACGAUAAAAUCAACGUGUCCAACACCAACAACGCUGGCAAGGCCGGGUCUGAAAGAGGCAACGGUGACAGGUCACACCAGAGCGACAGCAACGGGGAUUCGGAUUACCCGCGUCGUGGACAGGAGCUCCGUGCGGCGGAACCUGACGACGCUGAGGACGUGGAGCCCGAGAAGCAAAGGUUGUUACAACCACUGAUGACCGGAAGCUCUGUGCAGCCUGAGGACAUGGCCAUCGAAGAGGUUGUUUCAGAAGAUGAGGAUGUGGAAAAACCGGCCUCUUCCUCAAUGACAAAGACAAAGACUGUGGUAGUGGACAGUCCUGACUCAUCCUCAGUUGUUACAACAAAGUCUGUUAGAAACACAGCAGACAGUCACUCCGACAGUUCGUUCGUUGUGGACAAGUCCACUAGUAUCACGGACGCUAACGUGAAGGUGGAACAAUGCAAAGUGGAGUGUAAACUGCAAAGUAGUCAAAGGGUGGAAACGGUUAUCGAAGAGACAGUCGAAAGGUGUAGGAAAGUUUCUCCCGCCGACGACAUCGCGACCGCGGCGGAACACGUGGACACAAUCGUAGAGGAACACGUUCAAACUUUCUCCACCACGGUUGUGGAAAGAAUUUCCGAAAAACAACUCAGUAGUGCGAAUGAGGAAUUUAAACAAACUGUUGUGAGUAGGUCCAUAGAAACGUCGGAACCCAAUGCCUCCUCUACCAAGACUACGAGCGUUUAACUAUUCUCAUCAGAGUAAGUGUUGUUUAUUGUAAUGCCAGAAGUGGUAUCGGAUUCGGACGCUUCGUUUCACCAUGCAUGGUUCGAGGAAAUGCAUCAGUAAUUGUGCGUUUAUCCAGAACUUGGGAAACUGUACCCUAUCAUGCCGCAUGUGUCCAUCGGAAACUGGAAUGGUUAUGCUGCGUUGAUACAAAAUUUGAUAAUGUUACCAGACAUUGCAGGGCGCGCUUAUGGCACGUAUAAAAAUUGAGUUAUAAUAUUGUGUUUAUCCAAUAUAUUUUCGCGUGGGAACAAUACAGUUAUGUUUAGCGUUUUGGACCAUUUUCUAGCAAAUCCGGUAGAUUGGUGCGUCAUCAUUUUGUUGGAUGCUAAAUUUGUGAAAUUCCCAUUGCUGUCUUUCGCAUAGAUUUUUACGAGUUCCUGGGCGAUUAAUACCGCGAUAUGCCAUCCCUCAUUAAGCAGAACUGUUACCAUUUUCCGUAAGGUACAUCUAGGGUGAGAGAACAAUACCAUAUAUAGUUAAUUCUCGUGUCAGGGAAACCCAAUGUCUGUAGGACUGCAACAGUUAUAUAUUUGUCCAAUGUGGGUAGAGGAUUCAUCUUGGUUCGUGCCACCGGGGCCGAGCCAGCCCUGAAUAUAAUAACGCUUUGCUCGUUUGCCAUGACGUAUUCAACUGCAGUGUGAAUUUGAUACUUCAGCACCUCGAUAAGUGCGUACGUUUUGUGCAAUGUAAAGCGAACUGAUGCCGGGGAAUACUGUUGCGGCAAUACUGCUCGAAACCAAUGCUGUGACGUCCUGAACAUUGGUACCAUGUUGAUUCAACACAAAGGAAAAUCAAUCACAAUGCUCUGUUCAGUUGAUAAUUAUGUUUGUGACAGAGAUAUUUUUAAGACGGUGUUCCUAUAUGUGAUUUAGGGGAAACUGAAACAAGAUCCAGACGUCUAGGCACGUGUGCUUCUAAGAUCUACAUCAAAUUGAUCAGAGACGCGGUUUAAUAAUCACACAGUUCAUCCCAAAAAUUUGGCGGAAGGUCAUCUAUCCAUUCUUGUGAAGUUUGGGUGGCGUUUACCUGGUAUAAACAAACGAACCAAAGUUUUUCACAUUGUCUAUCCAGCGAACAAGGUGCAGUUUUGGGUGUGACUAAUCUGGAGGAUAAACUGAAGUUUGUUUAUCUGAUGAACAGCCCGCACCUUAGAUGUCUUUGAUGGAAAAGCCAAACUGCAGUUCGGAUAUUAUUAAUCUGGCGGGCAACACCUAGCUGGAUGCGAGUCAAAUGGCUAACGAACUACAAUUGUCCAAACUCCGUUCGGACUUCAGUCACCUGGCAAGCAGUUCUGUUUACAUGCGACUAAUCUGUCAAGCUCACUGUUAUUUGAAUAUUAAAUGUUUGGCUUAUUGGCCUACAGCUCUUUAUUUAGAAAACUGGAACUCUGUGACAAAGUGGAUACAGUAGAAACUUAUCAUGGUACAGCAUCACUAGCAUUUUCAACCAGGGAUUCCAUGAGCUGAUGGUUAAUACACAUGUAUUAUAUAGAUGCGACAAUGUUAUAGUUCUAUAAGCUCAAUUACACUAUAUAAUCGUCUUCAUUCCUUUCACAUUUUAUUCAUGGUUUUGUCUGUGAUCUUCUAUAGCUCAAAUUGAAGUCUCGAUCGGCACGAACUCUGAAGAUGACUAAAUUUUGUGGUUUACCAGCAGACAGUG